AUGAAGUUCAACGACAUUGUAUCCGCAGUGGAAUUUGUCAAGCGGGUGGAGAAUGUCUCGAAAAAAAUUUUCGGGCAGUUUCUACCCUUGUGUGACGGGAUAGGAGGCGGCGGGGGAAAUUAUACGACGCAGGGGUCGUACCCGUACCAGAAAAAUACAACUGCUGCUCAGGACUCUCACUCUGCUACAGUUCCAUCUUCUUUCGCGACGAAUAGUGAAGAUCAAAGUGGUGCUCAACCUGUCGGAAACACGACAUCGAAUGACACACAAGCAGAACGGGCAAGUACUCGGCAGCAAAAUCUCCCGCCGUUUUUGCAAAACUGGAUUGAUACUAACUUUUCCAUCACCGGCCUGCCUUCCAUGCCUACUUCGUCCAACGAGGACUUUGCUUCUGGAACUACCGGCACGACAGCAGCACAUCUCUCUGCGCAGAAAAACGAACUGCUAUUCGAGCUUUGGCGACGGAUUGUGAAAGAGGAAUUAAUUCAGGCAGAGUGUCUGUACGAGAAUUUUUCCCUGGACGCGCUCGGCGAGUUGAAUUGUUUGGAGGGAAGUUCUUCAAAUACUGCCGGCGGGAAGAGGAAUCAACACUCUGCUUCUUAUCAUCGGGAAGAUAACGACAGUGACGGCGGGAGGCAGGCCAAUGUGUCCAGCAAGUCCGGCAUUAAGGGGGAUCAUCAUG